ACAGUCCUCUACUGCAGUUACUAAGAAUGUAAUAGAGCUUGUGUUGUUUCAGGUUUUCUGUCCAUUUAAUAUCCACGUUUUCCUCAAAGUGAUCGUCUGCUGUGAGCGGUAGGGGUGGAGGGAUCAGGUCACACUCACCACCAAAAAAGAAUGAAUGCAUUGAUUAAUGAACUGCAUCAUAUUAUGAAAGGUUUUUAGCAUAUCAUUACAGAUUAUUGAUGGACAUUUGGCAGCUCAAGUGCCUCUUGCAGCACAAUAUGGUCUUGUAUGCAGUAAUCUUAUUCCUUACAUGUAAAUUCAUAAAUGUAUUCCCUUAUUUUCACAUAAUGUUACAGCAUGAUUGACUUUUGUUUAUGCUGGCAACUUGCUGUGUGUUUCAUGAUCACAGACUUGAACCCAUCUUGUUACUUAUUGAUGUGCAGGAGGGAUGUGUUGUGUGAAGGAAUGUGUUCAUCCUUUUGUUGAUGCGUCUCUAAGGUUACUGGGAGCAGUGAGCAGCGCAAUGGCAGCCUGUCAUUUGGUAUUAGAAAGCUAAAUCUGACAGUAAAUGGGAGUUCACGGAUUUAAACAGAAGUCGAAGCGUUUUCCUCAAGUGGGGUUUCCUGUGUGAGUACAUGGAGACGGACCUGAAACCUCACUCGGUGAAGCGGUGGCAGCUCGGCGGGACAGACUAUGACCCGCAGCAAGCCCGCUUCAGCACCUGGACUCCACUGAACAACAAGACCAGCAACCUGCAGUUAUUUGAGGAGAGGAUGAACCUUGUGCUCCACUGGUUUGAUCUGUGGACUGACAGACAGAGGAAACACCUGCUGCACUCUCUGCUGACGCACUGCACCAAAUCACAGCUCAAGUACUGUAGAGAUUUGCUGAUCGAGUCGGUUCCUGUGACUCAAGUGGACUUCACGGCGGUGCUGCCGCGCUUCCUGUCCCUGUAUGUGAUGUCAUUCCUGUCCCCUUGUGACCUUUGCUCUACCGCCCAAGUCAGCUGGCACUGGAGGGUCCUUGCUGAGCAGGACUGCCUCUGGGCAGGCCGGUGCAUCAGAAGAGGCUGGUUCCUUCCCUACACUCCAGGAGAGAAAGAAUUUGGAGCGUGGAAGAACCACUAUGUCUCCUGCGUCUCCACAUUGGACUGGCUUACUCCGCGGGAGGCGGCCGAGCAGUACGGGACCCUCAACCAACAAAGCACGGGGAUGAUGGAGGAGGAGGAAGAGAGGAGGAAGGAGAGGAGGAUCAGGCAGAUGAUCAGAGAUAAACUACAGGAGGAGAAGAAACUAUCUAUGAGAACCAGGAGAGCCUGGGGCAGCUACACAAAGCCAGAAGGAGCCAGAGGUGGAAUUACCCAGACGGGGAGGCCCAGCUCUGGAAUAACAUUCACCUCUUGGCCCUCUCUCUCCUGCCCUCCGAGGACAGUUGGGUCUCCCAGCCUCAGUCUUCACCUGGACAGAGGACAGCCCAUGACUGCAGCUCCGAGCUUCGAGAGAGUCUGGGCCUCCAGUCCUAGCAGUGAAAGAGCGAACAAACCCAGUGGAGCGCUGUCGUCCUUCACAUACAGACCUGCACUGCCACACACAGUCUCUCACAUCCAUCUGCCCACUCCUGCCCUCUUACUGCUGAUCUCCAAUAGAAUUCCUGCGUAUGAGCUGGUGCUGAGUGGUGUGAAGGCAGGAGUGAUUGUGGUUCUGUAUGACCACAGAGGGACUCUCUCAGCUCUGUUAACCCAGGUGGAGAGAUCUAUAUCUGGGCAGAGAGCUCAGAGGCUGGGCCUAUUAGCUCCGGGAGGAACGGAGGAAAUCCAUCUGCUUCACAGUAGCAGCCUGUCAGAGAGGACUCUACUGACACCUGACCAUAGAGAAUUCUGGGAAAAACUGUGUGGCUGGGUGGCACCAACUGAGGAGGGAGGAGGGAUUGACAUCUUCUCUCCACUGGCUGCAUCUGCAUCAGGAGUGGCUCUCAUCCAGACUCUCUCUACUCUGACUGGUUUGGAGGUUCAAGCUCCAAUGGGUCUUGCCACCGGAAGUUUCCAGAAUAUCCUGAGUGAGUGGUCUGACGGCAGUGUGUGCACCGGAAACUCCAGCCAGCAACCUGCAGCCCCGGCACUGCAGUUUGUGUGUGAGAGUGUUCUGCAGGGAUGGUGCAGACAGGCUCAGUGGAUGGAGGAGGCUCUGGGGGAGCUGCGGGGCUGCCUAGGGCCACAGCUACAGCGGGUCAGCCUCCAGGCCAGGGGCCGAGCUCUGGGUCAUUUUCUGUGGGAGAAAAUCUGCCUUGAGGAGCUUUGUGCAUCCAAAGAUCUGAAUGAGGCUCUCACUGAGGGACUCACUGCUCUCACAAGACAGGAAGAGAUGAGACCUCUGGAGUUUCUUGCUGUUUUUCUGACAAGAUGGAAUGAAGAGAAGGAGGGAGAAGAGAGUAGUGGAGAAGAAAAGUGGAGAAACAAAAGAGCAGACGAUUUCUUUUUAGCACCACGUAGCUCACAGGAAUGCUUCAGCCCAAUGAUACCUGAGCUACCACAGACAGCCUUGGAUUGGAGAGGUGCAGUUGCCAGAGAGCUGCACCACAGCGAGUGUAUUUAUCUAGGGAGACUGGGUGCUGUGCUGAAGGUGUACAAUGAGCCUCUUACAGCCACUCUGAACUCCAACAGAGCCAUUCUCAGCUAUGCUGACAUCCACAUUGUCCUCAGUCCUGUCACACAAUUACUGGAGCUCAACAGGGUGUUUCAGGUAGAUUUACAAGCCAGGCUGCAGCAGUGGGGUGCAGAGCAGUGUAUUGGAGAUGUGUUUGUAAAACUGUGCUCGAAACUUAGAGCCUACACCAACUACCUCAACAACUACACCACUGCCCUCAGUACCAUCGACAAGUGCAGGGAGACAAAGCCUCGAUUUCGGGCUUUCCUGAAGAGAGCAGACAGAACUCUUGCAACACACAUGCUGAGCCUGCAGGAGCUGCUGUUGUGUCCAGUGUGGAGAAUACAGGAAUAUGUGACACUGCUUCAAGCUCUGUCCGUACACACACACCCCGGUCACCCCGACCACACACACCUCUCCUCUGCCCUCAACACCCUGCUACAAUUCAGAGAAUUCAUACAAAAGUUAAAGUGUAACUCAGAGAGAGACAGAUUGAUGGAGGAAACGCAGCAGAUGAUCCAAGGCUGUCCGAACCUUAGUGAAGGAAACAGGCAGCUGAUAAUAACUCAGGAUGCUGCGUUGCUCAGGAGCCCUGAUGAUCAGAUUCCUGACUCGCUCAGGACCUAUGAGCACGUGUCUGAUGUGGGCCUGUUCCUGUUUAAUGAUGCUUUGGUGUUGACGCGGCGAAAUUUGCAUUACACACCUUUCACAUUGGCUCACCAGAGCACACACACUUUCCUGGCCUCUGUGGCUCUUGCCAGCCUGUCUGUCAGAGAGAUCACAUAUACACGCUAUGUUUGCCAUAGUUUUGUCCUGGAGGGUCCUUCUCGUUCCUGGGUUUGUGCCACAGAAAGAGGUGAAGAAAGAGAGCACUUCCUGGCUGUGCUGCGCUCAGCUAUAAACUCUGCUUUGACAGGACAUCAGUGAGGGUACCAUGACGAUACACCGGGACGACAAGAGGAGCUGGCCUCUCGUACAAUCCAGGUGGUCUGUUAGGUGGGAGAAGAGGAGAAGAAGAGAAGGAAGAGGAGCGUCUCCUGACAAACUGAAGGAGCUGCUGUGUGUGUGAUGAUGUCUGUGGCUGGGGACUGUGAAGACAGACUGUGUGUGUGUGUGUGUGUGUGUGUGUGUGUGUGAGGAAGAGAGAGCAGAGGAGAGACACGACCUGCCAUGCAGAUAUCAGCCUUGUUGCAGUUAAAUUUAAACCACCCUCCCUUCUGACACCUUGAGCCACGGCUGCCCUCCCUCUCCAGCACACACACACACACAGACGCAAGCACACACGGAGCUCUGACGGUACCAUAUGGCCCUUGACAGAAGACUGAGCCCUUGGGAGUCUGUGACUGUCCCUGAGGAGAGAGAGAGCGAGGGUGGGGGCAUAUUUUAUUUAGUUAUUUUGUGGGAAAAUUAAAGCAAAAAUGGCACCAAAAUUGGCUACGUUAUGCAUUCCUUUUACCCUGCAGUCAGACUGUUAGCAGUCGUGCUCUUUAAAGGAGCUUUGGACAAAAUAUGAUAUGUCACAUAAAUACUAUGUCAGAAAAACUAAUGUAUCUGAUCCAUGUGAUUGUCUAAGUGAUGCAUCAUGAUCAUGUUCUUGGUCGUUUUCGAUCAUUUUUGAUAUUAAAAGAGUGAUUCAACAAUUUAGCAUCGUACUCCUAUAACAUUGUCGGUGUCACACUGGACAGUUUAAAAUAAAAACAAAAUUUGAUGCAGCGGAACCAG